GGAUUCCAAACAUCACGACCUCACACAAAGACCUUCAAAAGAGUAAAUUUGCCAAAGCAUAGCUGUUCCCUAUAGAUACACAACCGAGGAGGCGACGAACAGCUAGCCGGACUCAAGUCGACGCCGAUACUAUGGAGGGCGACGAUCGGAGGGCCCCGCUGCUGGGGUCCGGCGCCGACGCCGACGCCGGCGGCCGCCCCCCCUCGCUGCGGCGCCGCGACUCGGCGCGGUCGCUGCGCAGCAGCUUCCUGUCGCGGCUGCCCGACAAGGUGCGCGCCGGGCUCGACCCGGAGCGCCUCGCCGACCUCGACCUCUCCCGCGCCAAAGGCCUAUCCCAAGGUGUGAGAGACUACUACGAGAAGCAGUUGGCGACCCUGAGAACCUUCGAGCAGGUGGAGGCGCGCUGCAUGCCCGGCGAGUUCGAUUCCGAUGUCGAGGCCUCCGACUCGGAGGAAACGGAGCAGAAGCAGAGCGAGUUCGCCAUGAAGAUUUCCAACUACGCCAACAUCGUGCUGCUGGUUUUCAAGGUGUAUGCUACGAUCAGGACGGGGUCCAUGGCGAUCGCGGCGUCCACGCUUGACUCGCUGCUGGAUUUCAUGGCCGGGGGUAUCCUGUGGUUCACGCACCUUUCCAUGAAGAGGGUCAACAUUUACAAGUACCCAAUUGGGAAGCUGCGUGUUCAGCCCGUUGGGAUCAUCGUCUUUGCGGCCAUCAUGGCAACUCUAGGUUUCCAGGUCUUGGUCCAAGCUGUUGAGCAGCUGGUGGAGAACAAGCCUGGCGAGAAGAUGACACGGGAGCAGCUGAUAUGGUUGUACUCCAUCAUGCUUUCUGCAACUGCUGUGAAACUUGCUCUCUGGCUCUACUGCAAGAGUUCAGGGAAUAGUAUUGUCCGGGCUUAUGCAAAGGACCACUAUUUUGAUGUGAUAACCAAUGUCGUCGGUCUGGUGGCCGCUGUUCUUGGGGACAAAUUCUUGUGGUGGAUUGACCCCGUGGGGGCUGUAAUACUUGCUGUAUAUACCAUUGUCAACUGGUCCAAAACUGUAUUAGAAAAUGCAGCUACCCUUGUGGGCCAAUGUGCUCCUCCGGAGAUGCUGCAGAUGCUAACGUACCUCGCCAUGAAGCACGACCCACGAGUGAGGCGGGUUGACACUGUUAGAGCUUACAGCUUUGGACCUCUCUACUUUGUUGAGGUUGACAUUGAACUCUCAGAGGAUAUGCUGCUGAGAGAGGCGCACACUAUCGGUGAAUUGCUGCAGGAGAAAAUCGAGAAGUUGCCUGAAGUCGAGCGGGCGUUUGUUCAUAUCGAUUUCGAGAGCACUCAUAAGCCUGAGCACAAAGUCAGGAGCAGGCUGCCGUCUACUGAUCCCUCACAGAUUUCCACAUGUUUAUGGGAGUUACUCCAUCCAUUCACAAAUAAAUACACGUCUCGUUUUUAAAUAUUUUUAAAUUUAACAAAAUAUAUAUAAAAAUAUACUAAUAUUUAUCAUAUAAAAUACAUAUCAUUAAGUUGAGUAUGAAAUAUACUUUCAUAGUAUACUUAUUUACAAAUACAAGUGUUAAUAUUAUUUGAUAUAUUUCUAGUCAAACUUAUUUACAAAAAAGUUUGACUUUUUCAAAAUCAAGAUGUGCACUUAUUUGUGGACGGAGGGAGUAGCUAAUAGCGUGAUGUUUUUCUUCAAUGGUUACAUGUAAUAAUUCCCUUCACCUGUAAAGUAAAAUAAGAGCAUCAUGUAUUUCUCAAUGGAAUAAUACAGGAUCAACUUUUCCA